CAGUCAUUCAUCUCUUGGGGAGAGGAGAGGAAACUACAGCAGGACGGGAAAACAAACAGUUUUUUUGAGCGAAAAAAAAAGAAAGAUUUUUUUUUAAAGUUCUGCGUUCAAUCUCUGACUUUUUAUCAUCGUUUUUUUAAACACCCAAAAAUACUGUGCUGCUGCAAGUAUUUCACAUUGCUCCUUCUACUCUGCAUGGAGGUACUUCUUCUCCUCCUACAACUGAGGACACUUUUCUCUCUCUGAAAACUGCAGAUAUAAGAAUCAAAACGGCAAAACUGUGCCUGUUUUGAUAAGCAUCUCUUGCGACUCGAAUGUCUUUACAACUUGGACAGAGAGAGUGGAGCCCCUCGAUGCAGCGUGUAUAAAGGAACUGGUUGUUUUUUUUGGGAGGUGUCGGAAGAGGCGACUUCAGGAGGACGCACCGGGAUCAGAGCGCUCCUGGAAGAGCUCUGGGAAGAGGAGGAGGAGGAGGAGGGCGCGUCACACAGAGAAAGCAUCCUCCCAGCUUUCUCACUCCCUACAAACACACACCCUUAAGACAACAGGGCCACAGUAAUCUUAUAAAAUUAUUGUAGAGGGAUAUCACAUAAGUAUUUUAGCUAAAUAAUCUCCUGCAGUACCGUAAAGUAAGAUUAAGAUAUUAGGAUUAUAAAAGAAAAUCACAAAAGUACAUUAAGGUCAAGAUAAAUUCGUCACUGGGUUCCACAGACAUACUACAAGUCAUUAAAGGGAUAUUGUAGAGUUUAUUUGUCAGAGGCACACGCACACACGGACACCCAGGACGCCCAGCACGCCACCGAAGAAUGGAUCUCCCUCCAAUCAGAGGUUUAUCUGAUGUGCCGUGAGCGUUGGGAGCACCUUGCCCCAGCCCCGGCCUGCAGCCCUGGUGCCACCCAGCUUGGCUCACCAGGAUGGACCCUGCUCAUUCUUUCAGGAUGGAGCCGGACGGGCUGGACCUCCAGCAGGUCCCAGUGCUCUCGCUCGACCAGAUACGUGCCAUCCGGGCCAACAAUGACUAUGUGGAGAGGCCCGUGGCGCUGGAACCGGCAUCCCAGUCCGGAUUUUUCUGUGCCCAUGAUGACCGUUACCCUCAUGGAGUAUACUCCCACCACCCACAGCCUUCCUUCCACUCGGGCGUGCCCCGUAGCCAAAGUCAGCAGCACCAUGCUCAUCUGUCCCACCUGAGCCGUUCCAGUACGAUAAGCUCUUCCAUGUCUCGGACCAGUGCCACCUCAGACCAGCGGCUACUGGCAGGUUUGACACCAUCACACUCUGGUCUAGGUUCGGUGGUCCGUUCUCAGCCUAAAGGAGAACUCAAACCUGAUGCUUCCUUGGGUAAAGGCCUGACAGAGGACGAGGCUGAGCUGGGCCUUCAUUUGUUCAUCUGCGAGCGGUGUGGUCGCUGUAAGUGCCAAGAGUGCUGCACUCCCCGCCGCCUGCCGUCCUGUUGGGCCUGUGGACAGCGCUGUCUGUGCUCUGCCGAAAGCGCCGUGGAGUAUGGCACCUGCUUGUGCUGUGUUAAAGGCCUGUUCUACCACUGCUCUGCCCAGGAUGACGAGGAUAACUGUGCUGACCGGCCGUGCUCCUGCACUCCAGCCCACGCCUGUGCCCGCUGGGGCACCAUGGGGAUGCUGGCACUCUGCCUGCCCUGCCUCUGCUGCUACCCCCCUGCCAGGCUGUGCCUUGCCCUGUGCCAGUGUGCCCACGACCGCUCCACGCGCCCCGGCUGCAGGUGCAGCAACACCAACACUGUGUGUCGCAAGAUUUCCGCCUCCAACCCUAACCCCGGUCAUCCCUCGCUCCGUAGCAAGGCCCUGGAGAAGCCAUUAUGACAGGCCUGGAUGGGGGCCAAGUAAAUCCAUUUCCCCUCAGCUGCCGCCAAAGCAACGCUGUCGCCAACAGUGCCACAGCCGACAUUGUGACGACAAUGCCAUUGUGACCCACCUACCUACAUACGACAAGCCAAACAACCAACCAACCGUGAAGUGUUGUUCACCUGUGUACCUUGAAUUUACUUCUUCUCCAGCUCAGGAGGGACCAAAGCUUUACUGUGCCUGUUCAUGUUGGAGACUUCAUGCCUAAAAACAAACUCGUCCUGAAGAAGCUGUCGUGCUUUGCUGGACUGCCCUUCAACCUUAACUAAGACUUUCAGACAGAAAUCUCUUCGCUCCGCAUUCUGUGGUGUAAUCUGGACGUGUUCAAAUCUAUUUAUUUAUUGUUCAACCUCCUUCCUCCCCACCCUUUACAAAGAGAAGGCAGAGAGCACAGAUACGAGCGAUGGACCAAAUCAGGAAGGAAAGACGCCUGUGGCGAUGUGUAUGGUCUAUGCCAACAGAGUUUCUGUCCUCUAGAAAGAGAUAAUCAAAAGAAGCAUGGGAGAUUAAGAACUUAGACCACAGUGACAUUCAGAAAACUCCACAAAAGGUUGAAGAAGAAUGAAUGAAGAAACCAACGUUGCGCUACGGUGAAUAUCAGACUGGGGCUCUGAGCAAAGCACCAAGGCAUAAAGUGAGAACAAAGACACUUGUAACACACCUGUAACAACAGUUUGACACCAAAAAAGGGACCGUGCACUGUACGAACUGAGUGAAUUUCAAUGCUAUUAAGCUCAUUUGUAAAGGAAAAGCACUGUGAGGUAGAUGGACAAUGUUUUCCCCAGCAGCCUAGAGUUGAAUGAGGGGUUAUUUAACCAGAGGGAGGGUGCAUCCAUUGUGACUAGGCAGCGUGUGUGUGUGUGUGUGUUUGUGUGUGUGGGUGUGGGUGUCCGCCUACUGUACAAAAACCUGUGUAUGUAGAGCCUGUGUGUAUGUUGUUUUGUCAGCAGAAGAAGCAUCCCAUGUCUUAUUUUUAGCAGUGCUGUUUCAGUGGAGCUCUGAGGGUCUGGUCGGGUUUCCUCCAGAAGUCAGUCUGUCGCCAACCUCCCUUCUCUGACCGACCUCCUUCACUGCCCCCACCUCCAUCCUUCUCUCCUCCUCCUCUAUCACGCUUAAUCAACUCUCCUCUCAUCCUCAAAUCAAACACUCUUUUCUCUCACUCUCAUUCAGGUAGUCAAUUAGUACCUUGAUCCAGAAUGACUUACGGUGGAAAAACAGUAACUUUAAGUCCCUCGAUUCACAAUGAUAACCCCAAUUCUGUCAACAUGGAAGUACAUUUCAGAAUUUCCCAUGUUUGCAUUUUUAAAAACCAGGUUGAACAGAGCUAUAGUAGCUGAAUAAGUUCUCUCUUAAAAUCCAAAGGGGGUCUCAGGAGUUCUUGCUAACCCACUUUGUUGAUGAGAUUUUGAUCCAGAGGCCAUAUUCACAAAACAUCUUACGGCUAAAUAGCUUCUUACAGGUUGACUUAGGAGAAGAAAAAGAAUUAAAAUACUGGGCAUGCCAGUCAUUGUUUUUUGACUUGGUGGGAUAUGCGAUUCUGGAGGAAUCCAAUACCAUGACAAAUACCAUGAUGUAGAGCAAACAACGACACAGCAAGUAACUAACGUUAGCUAGAUUGUGGAUUAGUUUAUCCAGGUUAUGGGUUAGCAAACUGCCCCUACAGUUGCUACUGCGAAGCUAACAUGCAGAAAGGACGAGACAGUUUCCCAGAGCCAGCAAACCAGCUCCAGACAGCGAUACUCACAACUCUCCUGCUACUAUAGCUAACAUCACAACAACAGCAUAUCUUGACAACCUAACAAGUAAGCUGAAGGUCCGUGGACAAGUCAUUUAACAUUACCUGACACACAAAUCAGUGCUGGAAUAGUGCUGUGUGGCUCGGUCCGUGCCACUUUGUUUAUUUCCUAUUUAUAGAGCCAAACACCUGAUUUUUUUCCGGUGAAGAGAAUAAAUUCGCUAAAUUUGAUAAAAAGAAGUGUAUUGGAUUAGAAUCGCAUACCCCACCUUUAAAUGUAAAUUGCUAAGCUUUUAAGCAUUAAAACCCAACUCCUAAGCCACCUAAUAGAUAGGUAGAAUUUGGAAAAAACAACACGAUAAGGAGAUAUUGGCUCAAUUGUCAGGGUAUUAUGAUGGUGAUGGAGUCAUGCAAUUGCCUCACCAACAAAUCGAAACAAUCCAAUUACCCUGGAGAAAAAUGGAGUUAUGCAGCUUUAAAAACCUUUGGAUAUCCCAGCAGUCUGUCAGGAAUAACCCCACCCCCUCUCAGAAGCUCAAGUGUGCAAGAUACUUUGAGAACAUGGCCCUUCAUGAGCUUGAUGAGGCUCGCUGAGGCUCAGGUCUAUCUAUACUGGAUGCCCUCUGCCACAGCGCUCUACAAUGUGUUGCUCACAGGACAGAAAAUCUUCCAGCAAGUGGCACAGAAAGAUAAAAAAUAUAUAUAUGUUUUUCUCCCCUCAUUCUCUCUUUUGAAAUGUCCACAGCACAAAAAAUAAAAAAAACAAUUACAACCUAACCCAACCAGUGAAAGCCAGCUGACACGAGGCGUAUUUUUCCCACACAUCCUUACAUCCCUCCUGCCUCGUCCGUCUCUCCUUUUACGCUCAGAGGGCUAAAAGCCUCCAGUUCCUGGUCCAUAGAGAGUUGAUCAAACAGGCAAUUAGCUUCAUGAUAGCUCUUAAUGGGCCGGAGAAGAAUGGAGCGUGGGAGGGAGGGAAGUGAGGGGACAGGAUGAGUGGAGUUGUGGUGUUUGGCAGAUGGACAGCUGAUGUGGAGAGAGGGAUGCUAGGAGGAAAGAGAAAGGAGAGAGGUUGGAUGGAGGAAAGGAAAAAGGAAAGAGAGGAUGUCGAUGUUGCCAUUAAGUCAGAUGGAGACCAAGCAUGCUCCAAAAAGGACAUUUUAAUAUUAUAUAUAUAAUAUAUAUAUAUAUAUAUAUAUAUAUAUAUAUAAAAAUUAAAUAUAUAAAUUAAAUAAUUAAAAUGAGCAGUGUGACUUUUUCUUUUAGGUUGAAAUGACUUUCAUCGCUUCUGUUGAACUUAUUCAUCACUUCAGGUAACGUAAAUGCAACAACAGUGCAUGGCUCUUCUAGGAAGGAAGGAUUCAAAGCUGAUAAAAAACAACAACAACAAAACACAGCAUCAGGUGUGUGCACUCGUGUGUGUGUGUGUAUGCAUGUACAUGUUUUUAAGCGUGUGUGUGUGUUCAUUUUUGGAUGCAUAUGGGCUUUUCUGUGUGUGUGUGUGUGUG